AUGGAGGAGCACAGGAUGGUCGCGGCGCUCGCAGGAAGAGCAAGAAGCCGUGGUCGCGACAAGCGCACGGAACGCGCGGCGCGUCGAAGCGUGCGCAAGCAGCUGCGCGCCAGUAUGAUCAAGCUGCGAGUAACGAAGUCGUCAGCACAGCCCUUGAGCACGAUCCGCGCAAUUAUGGCGAGGCCAUACGCAGCUCGAAGCGCGCGGAGUGGCAGAAGGCAGUGCAAGAGGAAAUCGUUGCUCUCGAGAGCAACGAGGUGUAGUGCGUGA